UUGGUUUGAUAAGAACGCGCCUUCACCUCAGCCACACACUUUCUCUAUCAUUAUACACGUUAACACAUUUCAUUAAUUAAAUAAGAGCGUUUGUUAUAUAGAAUUUAUAUUGCGAUAAAACUAAAAUACAAAUUAAAUAAACAACAACAAUAAAAUACAGAGUAUAAGCAAGUCACAGUCAAGACAAAAAGUUAAAAGACAGGUGCGUGAGUGCGUGCGUGUGUGUAUAAAAAUAAAACCGUUCAGAAAGAAAAAUAGAAUCGCAGAAAAAGAGACAGAGAGCAACAGAAAAGUUUUAAUAAAAGUGUUUGAACGGGUAAAGUGAAGUGAAAAAAAAGUUUAUGAAAAAUAUCAUAGGUUAUUCGAGAAAAUCGUGCCGCGACAUUUCGAUCCAUUCAAAAUAAAAUACAAAAAAAAAAAACAAGUGAGAGAAAGAUAAAGAAGAAAAAAAACAACACACUGUAAAUAAUAUUUGUAUGUUUCCAUCGUGUACACGUUAGAUUUUCAGCAAAAAAACCAGAGAAAAGAAGCUACAAGCCAGCAACCGCCAGAGCUUCUUAGAGAGAAAACGCGAAUCGAAUGGAUGAAGCAAACGUUAUAUUUUUCGUACCAUUUAAAUUGUUUAUAUAAUAGUUUGCGUGUGUUUGUGUGAGGAUUUCAUUGUGUUGUGUAGUUUAUUUUUUAAAUGCACAACAAUUGUACGAAGGAGUAAAAAAUAAUUCAGAUAGAAAAUCAUAGCGGUCGCAAGCAAUUACGCGAAGUGAAUUAAACAACCAUCAAACACACGGAUAAAAAAAUAUUUUAAAUAUAGUCUUGUAGUCGAUACACAACAUAUAGUAAAUAACCAACGCCUAUCAAACAAAAAAGCAAUAUAUAUUUUUUUAAUAUUUUGUGUCAUGUGUGAAAAAUUUAAUUGUGGCAGAUCAUAAGCGGAACUUAAACUAAAACCAAAUUUUCAUAUUGGAACAUACAAAAAAAGAAAGAAAAAACGAAAAAAAAAAACGAUUUAGUCCAAAGAAAAUCAACAACAAUUAAAAUUAAUUAAACGUAACGUGGAAAUUCAUGUGAUUGAGUGACUCGCGCGUACAACGAAACUAUUGUGACACGUACACAGACCACACUACGUUAAAUAAACAACACGAUUACGCACAGCGGAAUUGGAGGGGGUGAGCGGUGUGUUUGUUUGUGUGUGAGUGUGUGUUCGUGUAUAGUGUGUACGUGUGCGCUUUUUGAUUUACAAAGCUCAUACGAAUUAGAAUUGGCUGCUGUCAAAUAAACACAUUCCUACCCAAACAAAAUGAUCGAUCCAAGCUCAAGUGAAGAAGAAAGUGAUGAAGAGCAAGUUGGGCAUCAUCAUCAUCACCAUCAUGCACCAAAACAUGCGGUCGGUGGUAGCGGAAGCAAUCAUGGGACGAUUGGUACAUCAUCGACAACACUGGCUGGUGGUAACAUUGGCAGCGCAAGCACGCUUAGAAAUAAUUUUGGUGGUAGCACAGGUUCUGGAAUUGGAAUGCAUAUCCAUCACAAUUCAUCAGCAUCUGAACAUGGCGGUAGUAUUGGCGGUAGCUCAGGUCAUGUUACACCGCAACAUUUAGCUAGCAAUCAGCAAUCGCAUACAAAUUUAAGUAUGGGACAUCACCAUGCAAUGGGACCAGAUGGCAAUGCAGCGGCGGGGAAACACGAUGAUAGUAGAGAUAUGUAUCAACGGCCAUACCAAAGUGCCUCUGGCAACAGUGCCGAUUAUUCAACGGGUGGCGGUAGUUUAGACGUAUCGAAUAAGAAAAUUGCUAGGAAUCUAUCGCCUAUAUAUAGUAUAUCACAAGAUAAAGUGAAUCAGCAAUCAAGCGGAUCGUCACGUGUGAAUAAUGCGUUGCCACGACCAACGUCACCGUCUCCGUCCGUUGUGAGCGAGAAAAAUGAAGGUGAAUUACAAGAACGACAGGAGCGCGAAGAAGAAGAUCGAAAACGACGUAUCCAAUUGUAUGUGUUCAUAACACGUUGCAUAGCAUAUCCAUUUAAUGCCAAACAACCGACCGAUAUGACGCGACGACAAGUUAAGAUCACUAGACACCAACUCGAAACAAUCACAUCGAGAUUUAUUGCCUUUCUGAAAGGUGACACACCAAUCAUGGCCGAUGAAGCAUUCCAAAAUGCCGUACAAUCGUAUCAUGAUGUAUUUUUAAAAUCCGAACGCGUUGUCAAGAUGGUCGAGUCGGGUGCAUGUUCUCAGCAUGAUUUCCGCGAAGUAUUUCGAAAUAAUAUCGAGAAACGUGUCAGGUCGCUGCCAGAAAUCGAUGGUCUUAGCAAAGAGACGGUGUUAACAUCAUGGAUGGCAAAAUUUGAUUGCAUUCUUAAAGGAACGGGCGACGAAGACUCGAAACGACCGUCUAGGAUGCAACAAACUCUUAAUAGUGAGUCGAUUUUACCGAAGGAACAACUAUACGAUAUGUUUCAGCAGAUAUUAGGUGUCAAGAAAUUCGAACAUCAAAUUCUUUUCAAUGCAUUAAUGUUGGACUCUGCCGAUGAACAGGCAGCUGCCAUUCGUCGUGAGCUGGAUGGUCGUAUGCAGCGUGUCGGUGAAAUGGAAAAGAAUCGAAAAUUGAUGCCAAAAUUUGUUCUCAAAGAAAUGGAAUCACUGUACAUUGAAGAGUUAAAAGCAUCGAUUAAUUUGUUAAUGGCAAACUUAGAAUCGUUACCGGUUUCAAAGGGAUCACUUGAAACGAAAAUGCAAAAGCUCAAGAAAUACAACAACAAUACACCGUCAUUUUUUUUUUUUUGGUUUCCCAACAGACGAAUGAUUCUGAGGUCACAAGGUUCAUUGGCCCGUGAUAGUGAUUCAACGGAUGGUGAUCAAAAUACCCUUACAAAAAUGGAUGUCGUUCUAACAUUUCAACUUGAAGUGGUGGUAAUGGAAGUGAAAGGCUUAAAAUCGCUUGCACCAAAUCGAAUUGUAUACUGCACGAUGGAAGUGGAGAGUGCCGAAAAGUUACAAACUGAUCAGGCCGAAGCAUCAAAACCAAUGUGGGAUACACAAGGAGAUUUCACAACAACACAUCCGUUGCCUAUUGUUAAAGUGAGACUGAUGACGGAAAAUCCGGGCAUGCUUUCGCUUGAAGAUAAGGAAAUUGCCAAAGUGACUUUACGACCAACACCAGUCUCGACAAAAGCACCGGAAUGGCAUAAAAUGCACAUGAAUAAAGGCCAAACUGACGAUCUACGAAUAAAGAUUGCAUGUCGCAUGGACAAACCAUUGAAUAUGAAGCAUUGCGGACACUUGUAUGCAAUCGGUAAAUCAGUGUGGAAGAAAUGGAAGAAACGAUACUUUGUACUUGUUCAAGUGUCACAAUAUACAUUCGCAAUGUGCAGUUACAAAGAGAAGAAGUCUGAGCCAUCGGAAAUGACAAGCAUGGAUGGUUUUACCGUGGAUUAUAUCGAACAAGCUAGUGCCAACUUAAUGGUUGGAAUGGAUUUAGAUGGUGGUCGAUAUUUCUUUAAUGCGGUGCGCGGUGAUGGCGAUAGCAUUUUAUUUGCAUGUGAUGAUGAUUCUGAGUGUAGCUUAUGGGUGAUGGCAAUGUACCGUGCAACGGGACAAUUGCUGAAGCCAACACCACCGUUGACUCAGGAUAAAAAUCCAACCAUAUCGAAAAUGGUUGGCGACGCAGACAAGGCCCGUAAACAUGGCAUGGAAGAUUUUAUCAGCGCUGAUCCAUGUACAUUUGAUCAUGGCAAUCUAUUUCGCAUACUACAAAAUUUGACAUUGGAUUAUCGAUUAAACGAUCCGUAUGCAUCGUUGGGUUGGUUCAGUCCUGGUCAAUUGUUUGUGCUUGACGAAUAUUGUGCACGAUAUGGCGUUCGCGGUUGCUAUCGUCAUUUAUGCUAUUUGGCCGAUCUACUUGAUCGUGCCGAAAAGCAUAUUAUGAUCGAUCCAACAUUGAUACAUUACUCAUUUGCCUUCUGUGCCAGUCAUGUGCAUGGUAAUCGACCAGAUGGUGUUGGCAGUGUAUCACACGAAGAGAAGGAACGCUUCCAAAAUAUCAAAGAACGUUUACGCGUUCUACUCGAAUAUCAGAUUACCAACUUUAGAUACUGUUUUCCAUUCGGUCGACCGGAAGGUUCAUUGAAAGCCACACUAUCACUGUUAGAACGUGUUUUAAUGAAGGACAUUGUGACACCAGUGCCACCAGAAGAAGUACGUUGUAUGAUAAAAAAGAGCUUAGAGACUGCUGCAUUAGUUAACUACACACGGCUAUCGUCCGAAGCAAAAAUCGAAGAAGAUUUACGCGGCGAUGUCAUUGUGCCACCUGCAAAGAAACUUGAAGACUUAAUCCAUUUGACGGAGCUUUGCGUUGAUUUACUGCAACAGAAUGAAGAGCAUUAUGCUGAGUUGCGAAAGCCAAUACAAAAAGAGGUCAUCGAAAAACCCAACUUACAAACAAUAGAUGAGCAAAAUGCGCUAACAACAUCUGGUGAAAGUGGCGACGGUGUUGGAAAAAAUCCUACCAACGACGCAAAUGCAUUUGCAUGGUUUAGCGAUUUACUCGUUGAACAUGCAGAAAUAUUUUGGUCACUGUUUGCUGUUGAUAUGGAUCGUGUAUUAUCUGAACAACCGCCAGACACCUGGGACUCUUUUCCACUAUUCCAAAUUUUAAAUGAUUAUCUACGGACAGACGACAAUUUGAAAAAUGGUCGUUUUCAUCAACAUUUACGUGAUACAUUUGCACCGUUGGUCGUACGAUAUGUAGACCUAAUGGAAUCAUCAAUAGCUCAAUCGAUUCACAAAGGUUUUGAAAAGGAACGAUGGGAAAGCAAAGGCAAUGGCUGUGCAACAUCAGAAGAUCUAUUUUGGAAAUUGGAUGCACUGCAAUCAUUUAUACGUGACUUACAUUGGCCAGACGAAGAGUUCCGUGAGCAUUUGGGACAACGAUUGAAAUUAAUGGCCUGUGACAUGAUUGAGUCGUGCAUUCAACGGACUGACGGUGCAUUCCAAUCAUGGCUUAAGAAAAGUGUUACAUUCAUAUCGACCGAUUAUAUCAUACCAUCGGAAAUGUGCGCCAUGGUUAAUGUCAUAUUAGAUGCAAAAAAUCAAAGCUUUAAACUUUGUGCCGUUGAUGGUGUUGAUGUGCAUCAAUAUCACGCUAAAAUUGAUGAUCAAAUCGAUAAAACGUUGGCCAGCAUGAAUUUGGGCUUAAUCAAUAAAUUGAUGUCAGUGUUAGAAGCGUCACUUUCGAAACUAUCACGCUACGAUGAAGGCAGUUUCAUUGGCUCAAUUUUAAGUUUUACGAAUGUGUCUGGCUCCGGCAAAGACCUUGGUCAAGGCUAUGUGAAUUUCGCGCGUAACAACAUGGAUCAAAUUCGUGGUAAAAUCAAUGAUGAACUUUGGAUUCUAACAUUUUUCGAACAAUGGUAUACAUCACAAAUAAAUAUGCUGUGCAAUUGGCUGUCGGAACGUAUAGGUCAUUCGUUACAUUUUUAUCAGUGUACCUGUUUAGCACAUAUUGUUAAGAAAAUCUAUUCGGACUUCGAAUUACAAGGUGUAAUGGAAGAUAAACUAAACUCCAAGGCAUAUCAAACGGUAUCGCAGCGCAUGCAAACAGAAGAAGCUACCUGUGCAUUGACGAUGAACAAUCAUCCCGAUGGCGAUGACAGCGCAUUCGAUGGAGAUGAUGGAACUGGAGCUGCAUCGGUGGCAUCGGCCAGUUCAGCUGGAAAAGGUACCCGAACACAACCGAUUAUGGAAUCGUUGGGUGAAGAUGGAAAUAUUAAUAUAAGUAAUGUAACAAAUGUGGUUGUAGGUAAAGUUGGAAAUUUGUUUGGUAAAGGCAUCGGUGGCAUAGGAUCAAAACUUGGUGGUGGUGGCUGGUUCUAAAUAGACAAAUAUAAAAAGUGUACAAAAAAAACAAAACAAAAAAGUAAUGAGAAUUGAGAGGGAUCGUAGAUUGUUGAUAGUGUUUAGGAUAAAAUAUGGGAAAAUAAACACCAGGACAAAUCCAACACUUGACACUAUAACACAUGAUACACAAAACACUCAAGCAUCCUUACUCUCCCAUCCAAUAACAAAAAAAAUAUAUGAGAAAAGCUCACUAGAAGACCCCCUAACACACAUACACACUACACACACAAUGUCAGCCACAAUGCGAACACGCACUGCAGAUGCCAACACAAUGGACAAAUAUUUUGAUAUUGAAAUACAAACACUUACACACAAACACUCUCCUACCCAUACACACACACACACACACACAUACAUAAUCCAAAACGCAGUACGUAUACUCUAUUUGCAUUCAAAUACGAUUUUAAAAAAAAAACAAUUAUUUUUGUCUUGCAUUGAACAUCUUUUUCUCUCGUUCAUAGAACUUUUUAUACUUGUUUUUUUUCCUUCACAUGCUUUAAUAAAAAAAAUUGUAGACGAUUUAAAAAAAAACAUCAACAACCAUUUUUUGAAGGUGAGAUAAAUCUCUGAAACAUAGUAUGAAAAUUUAAAAAAAAUUAACAUACAAACAUGAAACUAAAACAUCAAAUAUCUUAUCUGAAGUAACAAAAGUCUAAAAAAAAUUUACAUGAAAUAUUGUAAAAACCAAACCAAACAAUAUAAUUAUAAAUGAAGCCAAAGCCAAAAUCAAGACUACUGAAUGGAGAAAAUGAAGUUGAACCAUUUUACUGAAUCGCAAAAAAAAAAGAAAUCAGUAUUUCUCAUAACUCAGACACCAUUGAUAAGAAAAAUUAAAGAAAAACAAUAACAAAACAAACAUAAAAUAACACACAUUUAGCCCAUUAUAAUAUUAAACAAAAAGAACAACAACAUUUUAAUUAUAAUUGUGAUUAAAUUUACUUCUUUCUCCAAAACAGUAACAACAAAACUUACUACUAACUUGCAUAUUUGCUUACUUAAAUACUUACUUAAACUCUAACAAAAAAAAACAAGAAAAUUUAUAACCAAGCAAAAUGAUUCUUGAAGUGAGAAAUUUCGAAGAAAAAAAAUUACAAAAAAAAAGAAUAAAUAUUGAUAAACCAAGCAAAUUUAGUCGCCAGGCAAAUGUGAAAUUUCAAAUAUAAAAACAACCAUCAAAUUUCGCUGAUUAUAAGAGGCAAAAUAUAGUAUGUAUACAAGGGAAUCAAGUAGUUAUAUAGUACUUUGUUCCAUCAAAUUAAUAUUUAUAGAAAAAAUUGAAAGCGAUAUGAAAACUAUUAUUUAAUUAGUUAUUUGUUAUGUAAAUACACAUAGCUUCUUUCGUGUUUGUUUUGAAGUGUGUUGGUGAUGAAAAAUUAAAUCGAUCAAACACUAAAAUAAGUGCGUCAAAAACCUUUUUUUUUCUAUAUUAAUUUUCUGGUUUAUUCAAUCGUUGUUAAAUUGUUGACUUGUACGGAACCGAUCUAAAUCAAGAGGUGGCAUUCCAGUAUCAUGAUUUUACUAUGCCACCGUGGUUAAUCUUAAAUCUGCACUAGUCCACAAUUUAAUCUAACGUCUUUUCAUUUAUUUUGGUAAUGAUCUCAUUUUUAAACACAAUAGUCGAUAGACAAUAUCAAGACAGAAAAACCUCGAAACGAGCAUUUGUAAAAAUAAAAUAAAGUGUUUGCAAACGAUAUUCUACUAAAAAAAAAAACAGUACAAAAUAAAAAUGGUAUUUCGAAAUAAAAGAAACAUACACAUUACAUAUUGGAUUUACUCCGAAUGAAGCAACAACAAAAAUACAAUAAACGAAAUAUAUAAAUGGUGAAGACAAUGAUAGCGAUGACAAUGACCUUCGAAAUAAUGUUUAUUGAAAUAUUUAAAAAAAAAAUUAGACAAUUUACUAAAACAAAUAAUAUGGCUUAGAAACAUAGAGAACCAUUUAAUAAAUGACAUCUUUCUGGACUUGGAACUUCUUUAUCUCCAGAGAACGAUUCGAAACGGGAUAACGUCGCAUGGAUAUGGUAUCACAAAGAUUCUUUUUUUCAAACAAACGCAAUCAUUUAAGAAAUCGAACAAAUUGAAAUUUGGAAAUUAUUGGGAACACACUCUAUAGUCGAUUAGAGAAAAUGUACUGAUUCGUCGAUCGGUGUGCGAGUGAGCCAAACAUAAAUGUAAUAUAUCAUCGAGAACAUCCCAGCCAGCAGCAGAAGCAGCAACAACACCAGCGUAUUUAUAUAAUGUAUAGAAUUGAUAAAAUAGACGAUAAAGACAAAUGCACAUACUCGCACCACUCACACACAACAAACAUACAUUUCACUAAAACGGAGUUUUAGCACAUUCAGCGCUUUGUACAGUUUGGAUAAAUAAAUUGAAUUAAUACCGUAUAGUACUAUUGCUUAACAACAACACCAAUAACAACAUGAAAGAAGGAAAUGAAUGUUACGAUUUUCUGCACACAUCAAAACACACAAUACAACAGCAACUGCAAUAACAGUAACAAGAUUAUAAAAAUUCACCAAAGCUAUAUAUCGAACGCAAACACAUUUUUGUUCAGAAUGAUGAUAUAACGAUUAAGAGAUCUAUCUGUAAAUAUUGUUUUUGAACGGCAAAAAAAAAACACUUGGAUAAAGUCAUUUCAAUAGGAAAUGACUUUAUUCCCUUUGUUGGGGAGUAAUUGAAAGAAAACACUUUCAAAAUAUUGACAACAAAAUGUGAAAAUAAAAUAGAUAAAUCGGUAAAAAUCCCGGCUUGAGCGAACAUUUGAAAAGGUUUUUCACUACAAAUUGAUUAAACCAUUCACUAAGUUUAGCUUUCAUUUUUAUAAGAAUGGUUGUAAAAUUUACAAACACAUACACACAUUUGUAGCUUACAGUCUGUAAUAAAAGUGAUGCAAAAAAAAUGGAAAUGAAGACAAACACAUCGAAACAUGUAAAUUUAUUAGGAUUGUCAGUAAGCAUCUGACUCGAACGUAAUGUGGUGGAAUGUGUGUGUAUAGAACAUACUUUCGAAUUAAUUCAAUUUUUUUUCGUUCAUUUCUCUCACUUUACUUUUUUUUCUAUUUUUGUUCUUUGCAUGAUUUUUAUCAAUUUAUAAUAGUAAUCGUUGCAUUAUACUUCCCAUUCUAUCGCAUAUAUACAUAUAUAGGCUUUCUGUAAGAUAACGACACUCAUCUUCGUUCGAAACUUCGAAAAAGCCAUAAAAAAAAACAAAAAAAAAUGUUUUGGCAAUUUGUGCUUUCUAUUUUACAGAGCAUCUAGCUUUAUCUAUCCAGCUCCAUCGUUUUCCAAAUAGAUUUCAUAGGUUCAAACAUGUUAGCGUGUUUAAUUGAUUUAAUUUUUGUCUCUCAUAUUCAAUAUUGAAAGUUUAUUUUUUGUUUUUAAGAUGAAAUACGUUUUACACCGGACAUAUACUUACGGUUUAUUUUACAUAAUGCUAUUGAAAUAGGAAAAUUGUAUUUUUGUUAAAAAACAAAUAUUUAACAGAAAAAGUGUGUUUUGGAUUAGUCGCGAUUUUCAGCCAUAAAUGGCAACAUCCCAAAACAAUAUUUCAAAAACGUUCUCUAUACUAUAUAUGCAGUCGACAUUAGACAUUUUCCAUUUUAAAUAUACAAAUCAUCAGCACAUCAAAACAUACAAAUGAACACAUACACACAGACACACAGUGAAGUAUUUAACAUGAAUGUGUGAAGCGUUUGGUAAAUUAUCGAAAAAUAACACUGAAGCAAUUGCGAAAAGCAGAACAUGUCGCAUGGAUAUGGUAUCACAAAGAUUUUUUUUUUUUAAACAAACGCAAUCAUUUAAGAAAUCGAACAACAAGAAAAGAGAACUAAAAAUGAGAUAUUUAAAUUUAAAAAAAUGAAAAAAAAAAAUCUUGCCUUUAAAUAUUUAUUGAAUAAUGAAUAGUGCAUUCAUAGUAAUUUAAUGAGAACAUACAAAUGAAUAAAAAAAAUAAAAAAAUAAACAAAAAUAAAAUAAAUAACUACGUUAAAUGAAUUUACUAAUAAAAUUGAAAUCUUUAAAAGUUGAUUUAAAUCUAAAAACAGAAAAUUGCUGAAAAUAAUGAUAUGCAACAAUGAAUAUGACAUAAACGGAAAUGGUUUUCAAUAAAUGUUCAUUAUUCGAUAUUUUUUUGCUCGAAUUUAAUUGCGAUGAAUUCAAACCGCAUACAAUCUGAAUACGCAGUUCGUAUUCGGUGAAAAUAUUUAUUCAUAUACACGAGCACUGACUUUGAUACCGUAAAAUCGAAAUGUUACCAAAAAAAAAAUGUGAGAAAAAGAAAACGAGAAGACUUUGACCUGAGGAUAGCAUCUAUUUCAUCUCUCAAUGGUAUAAUGAAUGUGUAUUUUAAAGUCAAUCACGUUAAUGUUUGCUUCAUUUUGUGCAACCGAUCGCCCUUUUUUUCACUUUAUCCUCAGUCAUGACCCCCUACAUAUCCCUUUGUUCUUCGAAUAUAGUAGAUAAAAUAUAUUUCAAUUUUUAGUAAACAUUUUCUCUGUGGAUCUUUCUUAAGCUCAUUUCUUCUGUCGCUUUAAUAUUUUUGAAUCUUGAAACCAGGGAACUUUAUCUUGAAUAACAUUUAAAUAAAAAACAAUAACAAUAAAAAUACGUCAUUGUUUCGACGAAAUCAAAUGAAGUAACCAAUUUGUGUGAGAAAAAGUCUAUAUAGUUCAUCACAAUUGAUGACACAUUUUUAAAUGAAGACGACAAUGACGAGAAUGUUUUGCCCAGUGAACUUAUAUUUCCAUGGUGCACGAAAUUUGACCGAAUUGUUCUUUUUUUCUUCCACAUAUUUUUUACACCAAUUUACCGCAACCCCCGCCUACAAACACACAAAUUUAUUUCUAUUUAUGCAACAGGCACACAUACCGACCCCACCCCCCUCUACACAUACACACAACACACACAUACAUACGCAAAUUCCUCAAGCAUGAAAAUCUAUAUCUAUUUUUCCAAUGCAAAACCAAUGAAGUAUGUUAUAAGCAUGUAAAUAAAUUGAGAAAAAAAAUUAUAAAUAUUGUGUAGAAACAGAAAGUUAAAAAAAAUGGCUAAGUUUUUAUUUAAACAGCUUGUACAAAACCAAAUCAGAGCUAUCAACUGCAAUAUUGUCCAUUAAAUAAAUUGCAUUUAAUGCAUCGAGAAUUAUAUGCCAUGUGUUUAACACAAAUAUAUGUUGACAAAAUCAUUUGCGAGAACCGCUGAAUGUAAAGCGUAUAUCUUUGGAUAGAAUAUCAAAUGGGAUCAUUCCAGUUAAAAUAUCACAGGAUAUAGCUCCUUGUAUUUCUAUCAAAUUUUCUAGCAAAGACCGAUAAUAUAUUGAAGCUGGCUUAUCAGUCAGCUCAAUAUAUUGUCUGUGCAAAGAUUUCGCAACGCAUUCAAUUAAUACAGCAAACGAUAUGUAAGCAAACAAAAAAAGACCAACACAUAUUUAAAUUAGAAAAUGUCGGUUUACGUUGAGAUAUUCUAACAUUGGCUUUUUUCGCUCUAUUCUCAUUUAAUUUUUAUUUCUAUAGAAAAUGGCAUUCAUAAUAAAACACUGAUUGAAUAGAGAUUGAUGCAAACGUAAUGAAAUAUAUCGAAAAACUGUUGUAAAAGUAACAAAAAUUGAAAACAUAACAUUUCGUCUAAAAGUUGAUAAAACAUUUUUAAAAUUGACAACUUAAAAAGAAAAAAAAACAUACACAAAUAAAACAAAAUGCAUAAAAAAGAAGUCGUAAUGUAAAGACGAUUCAUUUGUUAUUUAGCUUUCUUUGUUGGAUCGUCAGUUAAAUUUAAACUUUUCUCAAACAUUUUUUUGAAUAAAUUUAAUUGAACAACAAAAAAAUAUAGUUAAAUUUUUUAAUUCAAUAAACAUUUAGAAAUGAAAACAAAAACAAAAAAAAAAGACAAAAAAUAAGAUAAUGAAAUCAGGACGGAAAAUAUUUAGACAUAUGCAAAUGCUCAAAUUCGGGUAAACAAAAGAUGAUCACUAAAAUAGCAAAAAAAAAAAAAA